ACAUCGACAGUGCCGAUGAUAAAUGACGCUUUUUCUUUAUUCAAAAAUAAAAUUUAUAGAAUUAAUUUGAUCGAUUUAUUCAAACGAAUCCAGAUAAUUGGGGAGCGUACAAAUGAAAGCGGUGGAGUCGCUAAGUUCUUCUUUGGCCCCCUGUUGGUACACGUUGUUACUUCACCAGACGAUGCGUCCACUGUUUUAUCUAACUGCAUGGAGAAAAUGUUUGUCUAUUCUAUGAUUGAACCUUACAUUGGCUGCGAGCUGUUAGCUGCUCCUUUUUCUCUUUGGAAGACCAACAGACGUCUUAUCAAUCAUGCUUUCAAACAGAAUAUAUUAGAUGGAUACACCGAUUUGUUUAACAAGCAAGCUGAACGCUUGUCAGUUGCGAUGGCCGCGGAAAUCAACAAAGAAUACGAUUUCAGAAAAAUAAUAACGAGAAUUUUAUUGGAGACUUCUUUUCACACAACUAUGGGAAUUCGUGUUAAUAAUAAUGGUGUAAUUAUUGAUAAUUACGCAAAGGCUAUCAGCAGAGUACUAGAAAUUUUAGUUGUAAGAUUCACGCGACCUUGGCUAAUGUUUGAUUCUAUUUUCUAUUGGACUUCUUUAAAGAAGGAACAGGACCAGUGCCUACAACAAAUGGGGAAUUUAUCAGAUGAAUACAGUGUUUACAUUACAGAAAACAGAAUAAAGAACAGUUUAGAUAUUUUGAUCGAGCGUACCGUGACUGAAGAAAAUCAAAUACUAACGGAUCAUCAAAUAAGACUAAUUAUUGACAAUAUCCUAACCGCUGGUUUUGACACUAUGUCAUCACAAGUAUUAAUGAUUCUCAUCAAUAUAGGAAGCCAUCCUGAUGUUCAAAAGAAAAUUUAUGAAGAACUAAUCAGUGUUAUGGGUGAUGAGGACAGGCCUAUAUCUAAAACUGAUUUAGGAAGACUUACCUUUUUGGAUGCAGUUUUAAAAGAGUCGAUUCGUUUGUAUCCGAUUGCACCGGUGGUAGCUAGGACAUCUACCACCGAUGUACAACUGAAUAAUUACAUAUUGCCCGCCAAUUGUCACAUACUAGUUCAUAUUUGGGCCGCGAACAGAAAUAAAAACUUUUGGGGACCUGAUGCUGAGGACUUCCGACCCGAACGUUGGUUUGAUGGCUCUGUACCAUCUCAACCAGUUUCCCAUGCUAGUUUUUCAUUGGGACGAAGGAAUUGUAUUGGCAAAUUAUAUGGGUUGACGUUUAUGAAGAUAAUUGUGGCACGUAUCGUCAAAAAGUUUACGAUCACCGCUGACGAAAACAAACUUGAACUCGAGUUUGCGAUCAUGUUAAAACCAUCCCGUGGGCAUUUGAUAAAAAUUGAGCCAAGAUAAAAAAUUGAAGAAUCAACAUUGGAAGUAGAAGACGCUAAAACAUUUCUGAACAACAU